GCUCGCACCUCGCUCGCGCCCUCCCUUCCCGCUCUUCCCUCUCGGGCUGUAUUUAACCCCGGGGCUGUUGGCGUCGGCGUGCGUGCUGGCAUCUCCUGCUUUGCCAGUCCUGCGUCUCCGCGGUCCCCGCUCCCUCCCGCGCCCCCUUCGCCUCCCCGCCGGCGCCUGCUCUCCCCUCCCUCCUCCCCUGCAGGCUCUCGCGGGCUCUCUCGCACCGGAGCCAGGGGGCUGCACGCCCGGCCGUCUAAGCGGGCGCAGCUUGGGCUGAGGGAGGACUUCGCGGCCGCAGGCUGGGUAGGUGAGGCAGAAGGAGGUCGAGCGGCGAGAGCCACCGGGAGGGAGGUCCGGAGGAGCAUGGCCCCGAGAAGCGCCUUCCCCGCAGCCGCGCUCCGGCUGUGGAGCAUCCUCCCGUGCCUGCUGGUGCUGCGGGCGGAGGUCGGGCAGCCGCGGGAGGAGAGCCUGUACCUGUGGAUCGAUGCUCGCCAGGCGAGAGUACUCAUAGGAUUUGAAGAAGAUAUCUUGAUUGUUUCCGAAGGGAAAAUGGCCCCUUUUACACAUGAUUUCAGAAAAGCACAACAGAGAAUGCCAGCUAUUCCUGUCAAUAUCCAUUCCAUGAAUUUUACUUGGCAAGCUGCGGGUCAGGCAGAAUACUUCUAUGAAUUCCUGUCCUUACGCUCCCUGGAUAAAGGCAUCAUGGCAGACCCAACCAUCAAUGUCCCUCUGCUGGGAACAGUGCCCCACAAGGCAUCAGUUGUUCAAGUUGGUUUCCCAUGUCUUGGAAAACAAGAUGGAGUGGCAGCAUUUGAAGUGAAUGUGAUUGUAAUGAAUUCUGAAGGCAACACCAUCCUGCAGACGCCUCAAAAUGCUAUCUUCUUUAAAACAUGUCAACAAGCUGAAUGCCCAGGAGGGUGCCGAAAUGGAGGUUUUUGCAAUGAAAGACGCAUCUGCCAGUGUCCUGAUGGAUUCUAUGGCCCUCACUGUGAGAAAGCCCUUUGCACACCACGGUGUAUGAAUGGCGGGCUUUGUGUCACUCCUGGGUUCUGCAUCUGCCCACCUGGUUUCUAUGGAGUCAAUUGUGAUAAAGCAAACUGCUCAACCACCUGCUUUAACGGAGGGACCUGUUUCUACCCUGGAAAGUGUAUUUGCCCUCCAGGACUAGAGGGAGAACAGUGUGAAAUAAGCAAAUGCCCGCAGCCCUGUCGAAAUGGAGGUAAAUGCAUUGGUAAAAGCAAAUGUAAGUGCUCCAAAGGUUACCAAGGAGACCUCUGUUCCAAGCCGGUCUGUGAGCCUGGCUGCGGUACCCACGGAACCUGUCAUGAGCCCAGCAAGUGCCAAUGUCAGGAAGGCUGGCACGGAAGACACUGCAAUAAAAGGUACGGAGCCCGCCUCAUGCAUGCCCUGAGGCCAGCAGGCACCCGGCUGGGGCAGCACACGCCUUCACUUAAAAAGGCUGAGGAGCGGCAGGAUCCACCUGAAUCCAAUUACAUCUGGUGAACUCCGACAUCUGAAACGUUUUAAGUUACACUAAGUUCAUAGCCUUUGUUAACCUUUCAUGUGUUGAAUGUUCAAAUAAUGUUCAUUACAGUUAAGAAUACUGGCCUGAAUUUUAUUAGCUUCAUUAUAAAUCACUGAGCUGAUAUUUACUCUUCCUUUUAAGUUUUCUAAGUAUGUCUGUAGCGGGAUGGUAUAGAUUUCUUGUUUCAGUGCUUUGGGACAGAUUAGAUGUUAUGUCAGUUGAUCAGGUUAAAAUUGUGUCUUUUCAGUUGUGUAGCUGGCGAAUAAUUUCCAAAAUUACAAUGUACUCAUGGUGUCGAGGGCCUGGGGAACACUGGACAUGGAACAGAAAUGCAUAAAUCAAGGGUUUGGAUGGAGCAGUUAACCGUGUUGAAGUUACAACAUUUCUAAUUUUACUGUCAUGGGUUUAGACAUUUGUCACAUUUUUAAAGUUCCUCUUGUUCUUAAACUCUCAAUACACCAUAUUUUGACCAAAUUUUGACCUUACCAUGAUUCCAGAGAAUUCAGUAUUGAAAGAAAGAGAAAGAAAGAGAGAGAGAGAAAGAACAUGGUGGCAGUGGCAUUUAACAAUAUAAUAUAUUGUAAACAAAAUAAAAUAGGGACUAUAACGUAUGGACUUUUGGCAUUGGCUUGAAGCAAUAUAAUAUAUUGUAAAAACACAGCUCUUACAUAACGAACAUUUUAUACUGUUUGUAUAAAAUAAAGGUGCUGCUUUAGUUUUC